AACUCCAGCUAAUGGUUCUUGUAUAUCGCAACGAAACGGCCUUCUAAAAACUAAACGCUUGCGCAGUCAGUGCGCACCAUUUGAUAGUAGUUGUCGUGCCACCAGCAAAAUGUUAAGGUCGCGUUGGUUGUUAAUAGGCAGCGUGUUGGCAGCGCUGGUGGUUGGCGCGCUGGUGGCAGUGCUGGUGCUGCAGCCGUGGACCAGCCACCACGCGCGCUUCCCUCGGGCCGUCGUCGCUGCCAAUGGCGUUGAAUGUGCUUCUGUUGGACGGAGUAUAUUGGAAAGAGAUGGGUCAGCGGUGGACGCCGCGAUCGCGACGCUGUUCUGCGAGGGUCUAGGGUGCGCGCAAUGCAUGGGUCUUGGCGGUGGCUUCUUGGCAACGGUGUACGACGCGCCAACGAAACGAGUUCGAGUAAUGAACGCCAGGGAACGAGCGCCAGCAGCGACGCACGAGGACAUGUUCGCCAACGCGUCCUCAACGGUCGGCGGGCUCGCUAUAGCCGUGCCCGGCGAGCUGCGAGGCUACGGCGCGUUAUAUCGGGAGUACGGCCGCCUGCCGUGGCGGGAGCUCGUGAAGCCGGCGGCGGACCUCGCUCGCAACGGCCAUCAAGUCAGCGAAUACAUGGCGCGCGUUCUGAAAACGCACAGCGCGCGGAUACACGCAGAGCCGUCUUUGAGGGAAGUAUACGUGAAUCCAGCGACGGGAGAAGUGUGGAACAUUGGGGACAAAAUCCGCGAACCCACCCUGGCACGAACACUCGACAUCAUCGCGGAGGAGGGCCCGGAGGCGAUGCACAACGGCACCCUCACGGCGGCGCUCGUGCGAGACAUAGAAGGUUUCGGUGGCAUCGUCACAGAAGAAGACCUCAGGAACUACCGGGUAGAAUGGCAAGACCCAAUCGCGGUGCAAGUGUCCGGCGAGCACACGCUCUUCUCGGUGCCGCUGCCGGGCUCCGGGUCGGUGCUGGCGUUCAUACUGAACAUGCUGCGCGGCUGGGCCGGCGCCGGGUCCGACGUGCCCGCCGACACCAACCUCUACUGGCACCGCAUCGUCGAGACGUUCAAGUACGCGUACGCGCGACGAACCGGCCUCGGCGACCCUUCACGCUCUAACGCUCUACCGUUCGAUAUUUUGGAGCUGGAACGUAAUCUAUCAUCUCCCGAAUGGGCAAGGUCGCACAGAGAGAAAGUGGACGACACCAGAACGUUCUCUGACUGGCGGCACUACGGCGCCAUGUUCGAAGGAGCCGAUGAUCAUGGAACAGCGCAUAUUAUUGUCGUCGCGCCUGAUGGUAGCGCGGUGUCCGCUACCAGCACUAUUAACUUCAUCUGGGGCUCACAGCGCCGCUCGCAGAGUUUGGGCAUAAUGCUGAACAACGAGAUGGACGACUUCGCCAUACCGCAGCAGCAGUCAGUGUACGGCAUGCCGCCGUCGCCCGCGAACAUGCUCGCCCCGGGCCUGCAGCCGCUCAGCUCCAUGGUGCCCAGUAUCGUGCUGCGGAACAAUGAGACCGUGGACCUGAUACUCGGCGCGGCCGGCGGUACCAAGAUCACUACGCAAGUUGCGCUGAUGACAAUUCACACAUUACUCGAGGGUAAAGAUCUGCCAAGCGUUAUGCAGCAGCCACGUUUACACCAUCAACUAAUUCCUAUGAAAGUAGAAUAUGAAGAAGCAUUCAAUCCAGAAGUAAUAGCUUCUCUGCGUGCCAGAGGACAUGAAGCUUCGAGUCUCGGCCCAACGGCAGGCUUUGCUGCAAUGAUCGCGGCAAUGCGUGAUAGCGAUGGCUACUUCGUUCCAAAAACAGACCAUAGACGAAUCGGUAGCAUAGACGGUUUUUAAUAAAACCGGCAAUACACAUUCCAACAGUUGUCCUAAUGUAGAAUUAACUACAUACAAAUAUGUAGUAUGCAUUAUUCAUACUAUUCAAAGGCCGUCGCAGUUUUUUAAUAGCUGAAGAAACAUUUGUGUUUUUAAUGGUAACAUGCUGCAAAAUAGACUCUAAAUUAAAAAUUAUUUUUGUAAGACGAGUGCCGAUCUCAUACAUUUAAUUAAUGUGGUGUAAACACAAGUAGUGUCGAUCGAAGAUGUACCUCUAUCAACAUGCUUUGAAAUUUUUUUCUACCAGAAUUUUGUAGGAAAACUUAUUGUAACACAAUCUAAAGGAAGUCCUGACGAUGUGGAAUAAAUUUUGUUUCUAUUGAAACAGAUACAACUGUAAAUAUAAUAUUGUGUGUGAUUAAAAGUAAGGUGCUGUGAUGUUAAUUAUAAUUUUAAAUUAAAGUUAUUUCAUUAAA